AUGACAACAGAUAACAUACCAGCUAAAACUGACAUUAAAAAUGCUGACAAUUCGAAAGAGCUGGUGGUUCACAAUGUGGUGCACUGCCAGCAGCGGUUCAACUGGGACUGCGGUGUGACCUGCGUGAUGAUGCUACUGAGCGAGCAGCAGAGAAACUACUUCCUGCAGAACUUCACAGCUAUCUGCAGAGAGGAGGGGUUCAACCAAUCCACUUGGACCAUCGAUCUUUGUUACCUGUUGAAGAGAUUUGGGAUCAAGCACACUAUGUACACCACCAUGCCUGGUGUUAACGAGGACUACAAGAAACUCGCCUAUUACAGUAGGAUUUUGGACUUGGAUCGCUCGCGCGUGGUCCGCAAGUUUGCCGAGGCAGCGAGGUAUGGGGUGGAGGUCCGCAGAGGGGUGGUAAGUGGUGCGGAGGUGGCGCGGCACGUGCGGCGGCGCGGGCCCGCGCUGCUGCUGGUGGACGCGGCCAGGCUGCACUGUCGGUGGUGCCGGCCGCAAACGUUAUCGCUGCAACUCAAGCAUUGGCUGGGCAUGCGCGAUGGGUACCGGGGCCACUACGUGCUGGUGGUGGGGGCGAGCGGGGACAUACUGAUAUACCGCGACCCCGCGCUACCCGCGAGACUGUGCGCCGCGCGCGCCGACCGCAUGGGCACCCAUCCCGGCACCGACCGCGACGCGGUGCUGCUGCACCCGCCAUACGCGGCACUGACCACCGACACUACCAUGACUUCAAUAUUUUGGAAUAAACAUCCCGGAAUGCAGUAUACAUGA